CAUUUGCGCGUCGCGCUUGGUAGUCGAACUACCCGCACAAUCUUGAUCGCGUCAGCCAAGCGUCGACACUCGGCUGUUAUAUUUUUGGCAGAGCGUAAAGCGGCUUAAAUUUAGAAUCCAAUUUGCUUUUAAAUUAAUAAGCGUGCAGCGUUACUUUUUUAGCCAAAAUGCCGCUGAACAAAUUCAAAACGCCCUUUUAUGCAGCAUUGCUGCUCUUCAUCUGCUUCAGGUUGAACGCCCACACAUCGAUGGCAGCUCCAGUUCCACGCUUUGACGAUAAUCUCGUUGGAUACCCAAAUGCGCCAAGUGAGGUGCUGCCUAUUGAGCCUCUGUUAAUCUACCCAGAGUCACGCGAGGUUCUUUACCAGGCACGCACGCUGGCAGGCGAUGGUGAGCGAGACAUCAUCUUCGUAAAGCUACUGCCGGACAAGUCUGAGGGCUAUCGACCCAAGCAGCAGCGACUCGCGGAGAAGGAGCAGCGACGCAAGGAGCUGGGCCUGAAGGACAUCUUCUUUGUAAAGGCACGUGCCAACGGACAAUUCAGUCACGAGCGCUUAAAGGUCUAUCGACUGCCUGAGUUUUAUGCGAUCAGCGUGUUCCGCAACGACGAGAAGUAGUCGGGAGACGGGUAGCUCCGGCUGCUGCACCAACGAUGCAGUCCGCUAUUAUUUUUAUGUUAUGUAUAAGCCGCUAUAAAUAAAUGCCUCAAAAGUUGUUUAA